GGCGGUGCUCAGCGGAAGGGGCGGGGCGGGAGCGGCAAGGCCGGGCCGGGCGCGGCGGCCAUGGCGGCGAUCGGGGAGGAGCGGCGGGAGCGGGAUCAGGAUCAGGAUCAGGAGGGGGGCUGCGAGCACUACCGGCGAGGCUGCCUGCUGCGGGCGCCGUGCUGCGGGAAGCUGUACCCCUGCCGGCUGUGCCACGACGGCGCCGAGGAGCACCGCCUGGACCGCUUCCGCGUGGCCGAGGUGCAGUGCACGCGCUGCCGCCUCCUGCAGAAGGCCCAGCAGCGCUGCGAGGGCUGCAGCAGCCUCUUCGGGGAGUACUACUGCGACGUGUGCCACCUCUUCGACCGCGACAAGAAGCAGUAUCACUGCGACGAGUGCGGCAUCUGCAGGAUCGGCCCCAAGGAGGACUUCUUCCACUGCUCCAAAUGCAACUUGUGCCUGAGCCUGAGCCUGCGGGGAAAGCACAAGUGCAUCGAAAAUGUCUCCAGGCAGGAUUGUCCCAUAUGCUUGGAGGACAUUCACACGUCCCGUGUUGAAGCUCGUGUUCUGCCAUGCGGUCACCUUCUUCACAAAACAUGUUAUGAAGAAAUGUUAAAAGAAGGCUACAGGUGUCCUGUGUGCAUGCACUCCGCUUUAGAUAUGAGAAGGUACUGGCGUCAGCUGGAUGACGAAGUAGCACAGACUCCUAUGCCCACCGAAUAUCAGAACAUGAUGGUGGAGAUCCUUUGUAAUGAUUGCAAUUCCCGGUCUACAGUGAAGUUCCAUCUCCUAGGCAUGAAGUGUACAAACUGUGAAUCGUACAAUACUGCCCAAGAUGGAAAAUACAAGCAGUCUGUGGAGUAGCAGUGCCUAAGCGAUGUGCUGCAUAUGGCUGGACAAGGAAGACUCUACUGUGGAAGAGGCUAUCUAUUAAAAUAAAUCGUCAGUAAACAUUAUUUAAAGAUGUUGCAGCAACAGCGAAGGUGUUCUACUGGUGCAGAGGAGUUCUGCAAGCAUUGUCUCCCUCCCUUGUGCAUGGGGCCCUGUGUUAGGAAGCUCCCUGCCAAAAGGUGCAGUGCCUAGUGAAGGCCGGUCCCUGGAGAGCAGCACCCUGUAACGGAGUGCUUACCCUGCCAGAGAGGAGGCGGCCUGGGAAAAUAACCAGUGAGAUGCAGAAUGGGGAAGUGCUGUGAGCCACAGCUGUUGGAGCACAGCGCGUUGUGGGGCAGCCAGAGGCUGGGAGCUUAAGGCAGGGUGGAGGUGUAGCUGUUCUGCUCGCAGCUGUUAGGGAAAAUCUGUAGCUUUGAGGGCGGCCUUUUGCAUACAGCUGACAUUGCAAAGUUUUGCAUGAGUACGUUUUGUUCCUUUGAAGUGAUGUAUUUGUUCUAGGGCCUUGGAGGCACCAGUGCAAGCGGGCAGAAAGGGUUGAGCUUGCAGAAAUCGCGUACCUUGGUUUGAUUUGUUGACAUGCAUGCAAAUGAUGUAUGCAGAAUUCAUCUGAAAAGCAGUGCCUGUCUGGGCAGCCCUUGUGCUGAACGGCCCUCCGCAAGUACCACUGCUCCACGUGUCUCUUCGCUCUGAUUCCUUUGCCAGCCACAGUUGCAUUCACAGUGCUUUGGUGGGUUUUUUUCUUCUUGACUGCAUUAUUGUCUUGCAAAGGUCUGGGUGUUAUUGUGUAGCUUGAUGGUUUGAUAGUUAAUUACAGGCAGCAAAGCACACGCCGUUGCCGUGUCGGGACUGACCCCAGGCCGGCUGAUCCACCCAGGCCUGGGGCAUCUGAAAGAACUGCAGUUGGUAGAGGCGCUCAUCUAGUGCAGGAACCAGGUUUGUGCAGGCUCGUUUCAUUUUGGUUUUCUUAAUGGUAUCUAAUUUCAUUGUGAGCAGAGAAGCUAUGACGUAGAAGUGCUUUUCUUCUUCCCCUCUUCUGUGUGAUACGCUGCCUGGUGUACUGCAGACUGAGCCCACGGUUCUUAGUUCUUGAGAAUGUCAGAAAGCGCAGUGUCCAAACUGCGUGAAAUGCACAAGAAAGUGACUCCUCAUCUUUGCCUCGCUCUGUUGUAGAGCAUCGCUUUCUCCCAGGUUGAGCCCUUUCUGUUACAAGUGCCGGGAGGCAGAUGGUGGCAUUACCACAGCUCGCUUUCACUUCACUAUCUUCUGCAGCACUGUUCUCACUGCUAAAAAGAAAUGUAAAACUGUGUCUUUAUUAAAACAACUUACGCAGC